GUACCAAAGUGUUGUCUAAAAUUAUUAAUUAAUACCAUUUCAUACAAUUUAAAUAUAUUGAACUUUAAAAUCAUGAGUGAUAUACUGAAAGACAGUCGUUUUGCAAAGUAUCUUAACGAUCCUCGAUACAAGCAAAUACCUAAACAUGAGAGGAAAGUUAAAAUUGACAAAAGAUUUCAGUCCAUGUUCGAAGAUGAUAAGUUCAAAGUAAAAUACACAGUAGACAAACGUGGUCGACCAAUAAACGAAACAUCCACAGAAAAUUUACGAAAAUACUACGACAUCGAGGAUUCAGAGAGUUCUGCCGAAGAAUCUGAAGAUGAAGAAAAACAACUGGAGGAAAAAGAAGAGGAAUCUGCGUCGGCAGGUCGUUUUGUACGAAGAGCACCGAGUGAGGACAAGGAAAAACAUGAGGAACAAAAAUUAGUUAACGAUAAGUUGGUUAGGGGAAAAUUGGACAAAAAGAUCAAGAAUAAAUUGCUUGAUUUAGAUAUUGAUUACGCCCGUGGUGAAGGGAUACUCCUGACAGACAGCUCCAGUGAUGAGGACAGUAGUGAGGAGGAGCAGGAUAGUGAUCUGGAACAUGAGUGGGGGGAACUGGAUGCUGAUGCUGAGACCACUGAUGAAUCUACUAGAAGGAUAGCAAUAUGCAACAUGGAUUGGGACAAUAUAAAAGCUUCCGAUAUAAUGGUGUUGCUUAGUUCAUUUCUACCACCUGGAGGUAUAAUACAUAAGAUAACUAUUUAUCCAUCUGAAUAUGGUCUACAAAGAUUAAAAGAAGAGGAGGUAAGAGGGCCAAUUGAAUUAACAGAGGAAAAAGUUGAUGAACUAUCAGAUGAUGGGGGAAAUGAAGAAGGUUCAACAUAUCAUAUGGAGAAACUCCGAAGGUAUCAAUUAAACAGACUCAAGUAUUACUAUGCGGUGGUUGAAUGUGACACGGUAGCCACCGCAGACAAGCUGUACAGUGAAUGUGACGGAAUGGAGUACGAGAGUAGUGCAACCAGGCUUGAUAUGAGAUUCAUACCUGAUGACGUCACAUUUGAUCAGGAGGCGCGAGAAGAGUGCACCAAGCUGCCAGAUUUGAGCAGAUACAAGCCUCGCCUGUUCACAACCACUGCAUUGCAACAAGCCAAGGUACAGCUGACGUGGGAUGCAACCAACCCCAACCGCACUGAGGCCAUCAAGAGUGCGCUUGACGGGAAGAUUGAUGAUCUAGACCUCAAAGAUUAUUUGGCUUCUAGUAGUGAAGAAGACGAAAAUCAAUCCGAUGAGGAAGAAGAUUCACAAGAAAACGUCUCAGAUAAUGAUGACCCAAUUCAAAAAUACAAAAUGUUGUUACAAGACAUUGAAAAGAAAGAAGAGAAAAAACAAAAUAAAGAUAUGGAAAUGGAAAUAACUUGGGGACUUGGUAUUAAAGAUAAAGCAGAAGAAUUAGUUCAGAAGAAACUAAAUGAAGACACUAAGGACUUAACACCUUUCGAAAAACUUUUACAAAAACGUAAAGAAAAGAAAAAGCAACGUAAACUGCAAAGGAACCAAAAAGAAAACACCGAAACAAAUUCCGAUGACGAGGAAUCUGACGAUAUUCCUUCAGACAUAGACAUGAACGAUCCAUACUUUGCAGAAGAAUUUGAGAAUACUGAAUUUAAGAAGAAAAAAGACACGAAAGUUAAAAAAGGUAAAAAAGAUGAAAAAGAUUCCGAGGUCGAUGAGGAAGAAGAAAAAAGAAGAGCUGAAUUGGAAUUACUACUGGAUGAUGAGGAUGAUGGUAAACAACAUUUUAGUUUAAAGAAAAUACAGGAAUCAGAAAAUAUUGAUAAGAAAUCAAAGAGGAAGAAGAAAUUAAAAGCGAAAAUGAAAGAACAGAAGGAAUCAUUGCCUGAUUUUGAAAUAAACCUUAAUGAUCAACGUUUUAAUGCAUUGUAUAAUUCACAUUUGUACAACAUUGAUCCGAGUGAUCCUAACUUCAAAAAGACUAAAAAUAUGGAAAAACUUAUUCAGGAGAAGCUAAAACGACGGCCUACAGAGACCCCCGCGGAACAGAGCCAACCUAAGAAGUCUAAAGAAGAUGCUGAAUUGAGUGUACUGGUAAAAAGUCUGAAACAAAAAACAAAAAAUGUGAUCAAAAAUAAAUAG